AUGCAGUCCACUGGAACGAAAAACGAAGCGAAUAUGUACUACGGGGGAGAUAAUCAACAACCAUCUACAGCUCCUCCACCAUAUCCCGGCCCGCCAGAACCAACAGCGCCAACCCAAUACCAGCAAGUUGUUCAUGGAACCACCGUCAUACACGGAGCCACUGUAGUACAUCAUGGGCCAACCAUGAUGCCAACAGUAGUUCCUGCUGUAGUUGUUGGACGUCAAAUGGGUCCUACAGCAACGGUCUACGUGUGCAAGUCGUGUAACCAACAAAUCGUUACCAGGGUGGAUCGAAGCCCAACGAUGCGCACUCAUUUAUUCGCGUUGAUCCUGUGCCUUGUUGGGUGCUGGCCAUUUGCAUGUUUACCCUAUUGCGUGGAUUCUUGCAAUAACGUCGAUCAUUAUUGUACAAACUGUGGUGCUUAUAUUGGGUCGUAUAUAAGCUAA